AAAUACAUUUGUUAAAGAGCUUGAAGGAUACAGUUGCUUUGAAUGAAUCCUGCAGCUUAGCAAAGCUCCACAAAAUGUCUAACUACUCAUCAUGUGACCCUGAAAUAGGUCACAGCUGUAAUUAUGGUUUUACCUCCAUCCCAGAGACUCUGGGUGGGGAUGUUGGUGGUUUUAGUGGUGACGGAGCUCCCUGAAGCCCUGCAGAAGUGCAUCUUUGACGAGGUUCAGGCCCAGGCCAGGGUGGUCCGAGCUGCACCCAAGCACCCAGACGGCCCACCCAACGAGCGCAGACUCAGAGCCCAGGCCGACCAGGAGCCCCCGCUAACCUCUGGACAACAAACCAAUCCUCCAGGACGGAGAGCAUCACCUCUGCGUGGCCUGACGGUGACACAGACGAGAAGCCUGAGAAAGAUGGCGGCGCCUGCCUCUCCUCAGCCAAUCAGGAUCCGGACCUGGACUCCAACAGAGAGCAACAACCUAUCAGAGGCUGAGAAAGAGAAGCUGGAGGCAGCAGUGGAGGAGGCUGUGAGGAUGGUGUCCUCUUUGCUGUCAGUGAGCAGAGUAGAGGGUCCAUUGCUGCUCCGCAGAGACAUCAAUAAAUACUGCAAGUUUCUCUGGAGGAAUUCAAGUAUUGCCAACUACAACAGGUGUGGUCGAGCGAACCACAACUACAGAACUGAGCGCUGUCUGGAUGUGACUAUCCCAGAUGAUCAUCUGGCUGGAUGUGAUAUUUACACAGAGGCUGAUUCACCUCGCAGGACUGAGCUGCGUCCUGGAGGUGCUGGACUCCCCAGCACCGACUACCUGCUUUACCUGCACGUACAGGCCACUGACAAGUGUAGAGCAGAGCCUAAUGUGUUGGCCUACGCUGCCCACUGCCAGACGGACACUCGUGGACGACCUGUGGCCGGGGUGGUGGUCAUCUGCAGGGACGGACUGUCAGGAGCCACAUACAGCCACCAGGCUACUGUGCAGACUGUGAUCCAUGAGCUGUUUCAUGCACUUGGUUUUUCUAAAGAUCUCUUCCACACCUGGAGAGACUGCUCCUCCAAUUCUCAAGUGGGUGCUGGCUGUUCUCCUCGGGGCAAAGUGACUCACUCCGAUGGAUCGGCCCAGGUGAGGAUUUACACCCCGUCCGUCAUCUCCGCCCUGCAGAGGCACCUGGCAUCCGCUGACCCUGAGCUCGGGGGGCCGCUAGAGAACCUGCAUGCACCUUCAGGCGGAGUGUCCUCUCACUGGGAGUCGCGGCUCCUGCAGGGCUCCAUCAUGGCGGCGGUGCUGGGAGACUCGACCACAGUCCGGAUCGACCGGGUCACCUUGGCUGCAUUACAGGAUACAGGCUGGUACACUGUCGACCUGAGCCGGGCACAGAGUCUAGUCUGGGGAGAUGGUGCAGGAGCCAUGUUUGGUUCCCUGGCAACCUGUCGGAACAAGUCCUCAGCCUUUUUCUGCACCGGCAGUGGAUUCGGGUGUCAUUAUCUUCACCUCCACAAGGGGGAGUGUCAGACUGAUCAAUACCUGGAGGGGUGUCGAGUGUAUAAACCCCUCAAGAAUGAAAGUGAAUGUUGGAAAGAGGGAAAUGGCCGAGAGGAGGACUGGAGCGGGGAGAUCUUUGGUUUUCACAGCCGUUGCUUCUUCUCCAACCUGACCAGACAGAACCGAAGUGAGGUUCUUUUGUCCGGCAGCUCUGUGGAGGGACGUUGUUACAGACACAGGUGUUCUGGAGCGAACAGAUACCAAGUCCAGGUGUCUGGCUCCGAAUGGGUGGACUGUACAGCCGGGGACACCAUUCAGAUAAAAGGAUACCAGGGUUUAGUCCACUGCCCUGACGGGAGGUUAUGUCUGUACGCUGACAUUACUCCUCCCUCUGACCUCGUCCCUACAUUUCCUGCUUCUAACGCAAGUGAUCCGCCUGAGACUUUACCUUCAGCGCAGAGCUGGUCGCCCCUCAGACCUCCCGCAGAGCUCACUGCAGCCUCCGCGCUCUGCGUCACUGCUGCUGCGUGCCUCCUGGCUGCUGCUGCUGCUGCUGCGUGUCUCCUGGCUGCAGCUGUGUGUGUGUCUUACAGGAAAUGUUGCUCCUGCAGGGUCAGGAUCCACUCUGCCCCAGAGGAUCACACUGAUCUGUAGCAAAACUUUAAAUAUUCACUGGUAAAGAAACAGGCUAACGUUAUCAUUUUAAUGUGAACGAGAAAUAAUGAAUUCCAACAAAUGGUACGUUUUUAUUUUUAUUGAAGAGGAAAUACAGCAAUGUCAUUAAUAGUUGAAUCCACUGGGUUCCUACUACACACAUGAUAAAUGAUACUAAAAUAGCAUAAUGAACACAAUACACACGAGGAACAGUAAAGGCUGAGAUUCAUAUCUCAUGCUGUACUAUCAAUAAAUGUAUUAAUAAUAAUAAUAAUGAGUCAGUAGGACAUCGUCUGUAUGUAUUUAAAACAGUAGAAAUAAGAGAGUUCCUAAUGUGGUGGUUGUAAAGGCUAUAUCUUUGAUUUAAACAAAUUAAACUUAUUGUCUUCUCCACGCUGA